AUGAAGUUUUUCUUGUAUAUUUGCGAAUUUUUCGCAGUAUUGUCGUUAAUUUAUGCAUCAAAUCCAGAUCCCUUCGGCCCUGUCGUCCUCAGGUAUCACCCUUCGGAUGUGGUGAAGGGAGGAUAUGUAACUUUAGAGUGUAUCGUACAGAAUUUUGGUAAUUCUGAUAAUUUGACUUACACCUGGUAUAGAGGUAUAUACAAAAUGAUCGAUGUUAUGGUUUCCAAUUUUACGAUAUCACCUGUAACAGUAGCAACCAGGAGCAAUUUUACUUGUUCUGUUGUAAACGAAGACGGAAUUGGCGAGAGUGCCACGAUCUUUAUAAAUGUGAAUGCUCCUCCUUCAUUCAUUCAGAAACUUCCAUCGUACCGAGGUGUUCUGUAUUCCUCCAAACACAUAGAUUUAACCUGUAUCGUUGAAUGUUAUCCUGAAUGUUCAAUAAUCUGGAAAAAGGAUGGCAUCAUACUAAAUACGGACGACAGCUCGCUAUAUAGAGUGGAAACGAGAAAACUACCUCCAGACUACAGGAGAAACGACUUUGAGUCAAUCAAUUCGACUCUAAUAUGGAACAUGGAUCGAUGGCCUGAAAAACAGCUAAAUAAAAGUUCUCCAAAUUCCCAUUACUCCUGUGAGAGUAUGAACAACUCGCUUGGACUUGGGGUUAAUUCAACAAUUGAAAUCGCAGUAGAUUAUCUUCCGGAAAACGUCCAUGUUUCUCCUAAGAUCAUUAACGUUGUUGAACACCAAAUUCCAAGUCCAGUUAAGUGUCAUGGCGAAGGACGUCCUAAACUUACGUAUAAAUGGAGGAAGAACGCUACAUCUGAACCGAUAUCCGGAAACGAAGACUUAGUUUUAGGACCAAUGAAGAGGUCGGAUACCGGCGGAUACACUUGCGAGGCGGAAAACAAACAUGGAACCAAAUUUGCCGUGGCCUAUUUCAACAUUCAGUAUGCUCCAGAGUGUUCCAUAUCGAUAGUGGAAAGAGACUCCAGUCCGGCGUUGCUGUGCACAGUCCACGCCAAUCCUCCAGAAGUUACGUUUACCUGGAGGGUAAGGGAGUCCAACGAGACCUUCGUCAUAACGUCAAAAAUAGAAUCCGCUGACUUGCAAAGCUAUCUCUAUCUUGAUUCCAGCGUAGACACGGCUAGGACGUAUUACUGUUCCGCGAACAAUUCGGUCGGAAGCAGCACACCAUGUGAAAGAGAUGUUGCAGCGUACCAGGAGCAAAGUAAACAGAUCGGAGAACCAGGUAACCUUCCUUGGUGGAAACAGCUCAACCAGGACAAAAUGAUAAUAAUCAUUGCGUCGAUAAUAGCAAUUAUUAAUAUCGUAAUAAUAAUUUGCGUUAUUAUCAUCAUCCUGUGCAGAAGGAAGCGCGCGGACACAAAAUACAACAACCCUUUGGAGAUGGAAGAACGUGAAAAUCCUGAUGGUAAUUGCCUCAUAACCGAUCUAUCAAAGUGGCCUUUGCAACCAGGAGUUCUAGUUCACGUUAAUAAAAUGAACAGUGUGAGUAUCAGCCAGUUGUCGCCGAGAAUAUCCCCAUUCAAAACCACAUCGGUGUCGAGAACGAAGACGUAUAUAAAAUACAAACGGAAUAAGUCUAAGAUAUACGCCAGGUUGGCGAGGCUUAAAGAAUUGUUGGGGAUCAAUAGCAGUCCGCACCAUGUCCCCAUUGGCAUCAAGGAGAGCGACGCUGGAGUUGUGACUUUUAAAAAAGUUAAUCCAAGUAUUCCAGUUACCAGGCCGGAAGUAGUUACUUCUCGGAAAAGGAAGAAGCCGGGUGGUGCACCCAACCCGUCCUCUACCGAAGAUAAGGCGAGAUUAGGGGCUGCUCCACCAACUGGCUUUAUAGCAGACCCCCUGAAUGAUCCCGAUAAAGGAUUCUACGAAAAUCUUCCGUUCCAUGGCAUGCAGAACCCACCAAAUAAACCAAUAUCUGUAAUAGCGCCAUUUACUCAGGGAAACAGUGCUCAAGGUUUUACGUCAUCAUCGAAAUUAUCGUUGCCUCCAACUCAAAAAUUUUUAUCUCCUUCGCUGGGAACUCUCAGUGUUCAGUACGGCCAGAGCAGACUCGUAAAAAGAAAUCAAUCUUUUCAUGGUUUUCAACAAAAUCCUACCCCUUUAACAAAUGUACCCCCUUACUUCCCCCUAACUGGAACAGUAAACCCUGCUUACUUGAACUCGUAUCCAUCUCAUCAAUUUAGCAACACUUUUAAAAUUUAUAACAAUCAAAGACUCUCAACUCAAUAUAUACCGAAAAUAUUUUCGCAAUUACCGCCCAAUUUUGGACAAAGUUCCGGAUUCAAUACCAUUUCUGGGAUACCCACACAUAAUAAGCAUAAUUCUCGAAAAACUGAGACUGAUGGUAAUAUUAAUAGAGCAUCGAUGAGGCAGCAAACUCUUAAUCGUUUCACAAAUGCCGUUGCACCACAGCUCAAUAGAAUCUCUGGACGUAAUGAAGAGCAGUUUGAUAUCAGAAGAACGGCUUCUGGAAUAAAUAUGCCAGAAAAUAACGACACAAAGAAUGUUCAGACCAGCCAGAUUGUAGCUAGAAAAAGUUACCACAAUAAAAACAAGAAACACGUGGAAAAGAGGUUUGGAUCGCUGGAAGUCAAAAAGCAGAAGAGUUACUCCCCUACAUUUUACUCUGUUCGAUCCAAAAAGCAUCCUAAGAGAAGAUCAGUGGUUUUCGCUUUGUCAAGUAAAUGUUAUGAUGACAUUUCGGAAUCAAAUAAACCUGAUACCACCCAACAGAAUGAAGAAAGCUCUGAACCUUUACCAAAUGAAGAUUGUGGUGAUAAAUCAGAGUCAAAUAAAAAGCCCGAUGAAAACAACGAUCGCUUUCAAAAACUUACAGACUCUAUCCAAAUAUUUGAACAAUCCUCAGAAAAUUCUGAUAAAGGAACUGACGAAAUGCCUAUUCCAGCGCCCCGUUCUAGGAAACAGAAAAAGUCAGAAAUUGUGUACGCCAAUGUUUCUCCAGGGCUACAGUCAACAAAUUCAGACGAUUCCAACACAUCUACGGAAUCGGGAGAGAAUAACAAAACUCAAAUAUCGGUAACAGAAGUACAGAUACAUGCUUCUAGUGAUGCAGAUAAAAAUGAAGUUAUUGAAAAGUCUUCUGAUGUAACUGAUGCAAUUAACAAAGAGAAAUCUAACAAUGGUAUUCAUGAAAGUAACAAGGAAAAUGUAAACGACAACAUUAGUAAAGUAGAAAAUGUGAAAGAGCCACUUAAUACUAAAAGCUUAAUUAGCAAAUUCCAAGAUUCUCCCAAACCGAUUGCCAUUAGUCCUAAACAAAACCCAUCUAAACCAGUUAUAUCCACCCACGCGUUGAAAAAUUCACCAAUAUUGAAAGUAAGCCCAAAUUUUAUCAAACCUAAGACUGAGAGUCCAAAAGGAGCUUUGUCACAGCAAAUUCAAGCUAAGAUAAAAGCUUCUCCCGUUCAAAGUCCAGCUGACAAUCCAAACAAAACAAUUCUUACUGAUAUUAAAGAUGACGAUAAAACCAGUGAGCCGUUUCCUGAAAUUCCGCAAAUGCCUAUUUUGAACACGCAAAUAAAAUGGAGUCCUAAUAUCGCUAACUUGAAUAAUCAGAAUGCUUUUUACACAUUAACCACUCCGCACUUUAAGCAUCUAAACACGGUUGUGCCUCCUCAGUACUCGGCAACAAUACCUCAUCAAAAGCACGCAAAAUUGAUACCGAAGUCGUUGUUCCAAGAACAGUUGCCCAAAAGCAAAUCGUUCUCAUCGAAAUCGAAACAAAAGAAACACCAAUUCCAAAUCCCCCUCCAAAAAUGCCACAGUUUCAAAUUUCAAACGGCGGAAAGUUAUUUUCAACCGAUAAAAAAUAUCCACGAGGAAAAUCUCAUGAGAAAUGGCUACGUGACGGACUACCCCGAAAGUACCCACCGUGGGCGACAUCACAAGAGGGACAAGCCAAAGCAAAAGACAAAGGGACCGCUGGUCUUGCGCAGGCCAAGCGAUUAUCAGCAAAACAUACAUUUCCAAGAAAACGUGCAAAAUUCCGUUCAGUUGCAAUAUCCACAACCCGUUUUUGGUCUCCCUUUGCAAAAUGCCACUCCCGGUAAAGCGAAUGGGGUCGUCUAUGCGGAUCUAGAUAUGCCGACGUCAAAUAGUAAACAGGGCUCUUUUAAUCUGAGCUCUUCGAAACCCAAAUCCCAAAAAUCUAAACCAAAGACUGAAUACGCAACGCUUAAGUUUAACGAAGUUGGUCAAGAAAUUGAUGUUUAA